AUGUCGAGCAUCAAAAAAGUCAUCCACCGCGCCCGCAACUCCAUCUCGUCAGGACACUGCUCGUCGCCCGUACGGGAGCUGGACGACGAUGCCCACAACCGGCACGCGUCCAACGGCCACGCGCACGUCGAUGACACCAACGCCGACUGCCCCACUGCCGCACAACGCCAGCAGGCCCACGAGCCCGACAAACCGCAUCAUACCCAGCGUCCCUCGACAGAGAUGAGGCGGCGCCGCAUGUCUUUCACCGAGCAAAAGGUGGAGAGGCACAUGGAGCGCAAGGAAAUUGAUAAGCGCGAGGCGGCAGAGCGAAAGGAGAGACAGAAACACGCGCAUGAUGAGGAUCCGCUACGAGAUAAUUACGGGGAUCUGCCAAUGAACAUGUCCCAGAACCUGAGCGAGACGCGUCUCAGUUCCCUUAUCGCUGUCAAUGACAUGGAGCAAGGCACGCAUGUCACCUUUCGCGCCCGCGUACACCAUAUAAGACCACUAGGUUCGAAGAUUGUCUUCAUCAUCUUUCGCUCCCAAUUAAGCACACUCCAGGGUGUGCUCGCAGAGGAAGAGUACAAGGUCUCGCAGAACAUGAUCCACUGGGCUGAAGGUCUCAAUCGCGAGACUGUCGUCCUUGUCGAGGGUAUGGUGCAGAACCCGCCUGAGGACCAGUCGGAGGUGAAGAGCGCACGAGUGAAGAGCAGAGAAGUCAAGGUGGAGAAACUAUAUGUAGUUGCUGGGCCAACUUCCCCUCCACCGUUCCAGGUGGAGGACGUCUCAAGAGCCGAGAAGGUAUAUCAUCAGGAAGACGCGCACUUCUCGCGGGUGAAUCAGAAGACGCGACUCUUGAAUCGGGUGCUGGACCUUCGGUCUCCGACCAAUCAGGCUAUCUUCCGCAUCCGCGCGGGCGUGGGCACACUUUUUCGGGAGUACCUUCUUGAGAGGAAUUUCUUGGAGAUUCAAAGUAGCAAGUUCCAGAAGACCAGCACGGAGUCAGGGGCAGCGGUGUUCAAGGUGGACUAUUUCAGACGGCCGGCAUUCCUCGCGCAAAGUCCACAGCUCGCGAAGCAGAUGUGCAUCGCGGGUGAUAUGGAGAGGGUUUUUGAAAUAGGACCUGUGUUCAGGGCAGAGAACUCGAAUACCCAUCGACACUUGACUGAGUUUACGGGUCUGGACCUGGAGAUGCAGUUUGAGAGCCAUUAUCAUGAGGUGCUGGACACGAUUGACGAGCUGCUCAAGUAUAUUAUCAAGGGAGUCCAGAAGCGGUAUCGGGAGGAGAUCGAGACGGUGAAGCUGCAGUUCCCGCACGAUGAUCUGGUGAUCCUAGAUGAGACGCCGCGGCUCAGAUUCGCAGAUGGCAUCCGAAUGCUCAAGGAGUCGGGGUGGAAGGAGGAGGACGGCUCUGAGCCGAGCGAGUGGGCCGACCUGAGUACCAAGGCGGAGCAGCGCCUGGGUGUGCUCAUGAAAGCUAAGUAUGGGGCGGACUACUACAUCUUAGACAAAUUCCCGCUGGAGGUACGGCCGUUCUAUACGAUGCCGGAUCCGCAGGACCACCGGCUAUCUAACUCGUUUGACAUCUUCCUACGGGGAGAGGAGAUUCUAUCAGGCGGGCAGAGGAUACACGUCGCACCGAUGCUCGAGGAACGGAUGCGUGCCGUGGGGAUCGAUCCCGACUCGAUGAAGGACUACGUUGAUGGAUUCAGGUGGGGUUGUCCGCCGCACGGGGGCGGUGGAAUCGGCCUCGAGCGCGUGGUCAUGCUAUUCCUUAAGUUAGGGGAUAUUAGGUAUGCGAGCUUGUUUCCGAGGGACCCGCGCAGCUUUCCGGCGAACGGCCAAGACCUAGCGGAGGCUUCGAUGAGCGCGGCAACACAUAUGAUUCUGCAUGGACCGGAAGCUACGACGUUUAAAGAGGGAUACCCCCAUGGAGACAUGCCCCUGCUUCAGGAUCUCAUCGCCAAGUACGGCGACUCGACGAACACAUCGUGGAUCGACCCCGCGUGGACAGUGUGGCGUGAUCCGGCGACUGGUGCGGCGGUUGGGUACAUUCCACAAAACGAGUUCGCGGUGGCGUUCGGGAACCCGCUGUGCGAGCACAAGCAGAUGGGACGGGUGGUUCAGGCGUACGUGAAGUACGUCGAAGAGAAAAACCUGAAGCCGGUAUGGUGCUGCAUCGAUAAGGAGUGCGAACGGAUAGUGGCGGAGGAUAUGGGGUGGAGCGCGAUCAUUGCGGUCGCGGAGGAAAGGCUGAAUCCGAUUGAGGUGGAUCCUGCGGCGAAUGAUAAGACGGUGCGAAGGAAGAUACAUAAGGCGGAGAGGGAUGGGGUCAAGAUCGUGGAGGUGGAGGGGGGUAUGGACCCGAAGACAAGAGAGAAGCUGGAGGAGAGGUGUAAGGAGUGGGCGGAGAACAGGAAGGGGACGCAGAUCCACCUGACGGGCGUGCGGCCGUUUGACGAUAUGAAGCACAGGAAGUACUUCUAUGCGGUGGACAAGGACGGGAAGCCGUGCGCGAUGGUGGUGCUUGCGCAGCUGGCACCGACGCACGGGUUCCAGAUCAAGUGGUCGCUCGAGUUUCCGGGGGCGCCUCUGGGCGCAAUCGAGUACAUUUUGACACACGUGAUCAAGAAGCUGGGGGACGCGGGGUUGCGGAGCGCGACGUUCGGGGCAGGUGCGACGGAGCGGCUGCAGCGGGUGGAUAAUUUGGGCGGGUUCAGGGUGCGGACGCUGGAGAAGACGUAUAAUGGGAUCGCGUCGACGUUCCAUCUUUCAGGGAAAGGGGACUUUAGGGCGAAGUUUGGGAUUCAUCAGGAGCCGAUGUUCAUUUGUUAUCCAAAGGGCGGGCUGGGCAUGAAGGGCAUCGAGGCUAUCAUGGCUGCUCUGCAGAUGCCGAAAUGAACAUGGGAACGGACCUUUACCUCUGCACAAGAACAAAGAAGUGAACAGUAUAUCCGAGUCUCAAGCUGUUACGGUAUUCUUGCAUGCUUUUGUAUCCCUUCUGGCUUAUAGUGCUUACCGUGUGCGACUUCCCUGUUGGAUAUGUGGGAUGGCACGUCAUGAACGCUUGUCUGUUUGUCGGUGAUUCUUUCUAGUCCGAGCUGGUGCUUGGUAUACCUACUAUACCAUACUGUACAGUGGUGAUGUUAUAUGAUUACUAUCGUGCG